UCAGAGAACUCUUUUUAAAAAAAAUACUGAGGAAAUGUCAUGUGUGCCCUCCCCCACAUGAAAGCAACACUCUUAAUAUCCAUCCAUCCUCUUUCUUAUCCUCACAAGGGUCGCCAGAGUGCCGGCGGGUGGGGUAGACCCUCGACCGGUCGGCGGCCGAUCGCAGGGCACCGCUGUAAUGUCGACUUGACAAAAAGUUCUGAUAUUGCCCAGCAACAUGAACAAAAGUUCAAGUGGCGAGAAUAACAAGGCAAAUGUUCUGAAGUCAACUUUUCGUUGUCGGGUUCUUAAAAGAAGCCCGGCAGACACGCUCUUUCCUCCUUUUCAAGUUUCAGGCUCAUUUGACUCCAAUUUGGGUUUACGUACAACGGACUAGACGUUUGCCUUCUCAUGUCAAACGCUCCCAUCUGGUGCUCAAGUCCGCCUUUGGGUCCAGAUGUGGCGCAUCCCCACCCGCCGCCGGCUCCGUUCCGCCACUUUUUCACCGGCGCUUGAAAGAAAUCCUUCCCACAGCGACGCAGUCGACAGAUCAAAUUGACUUUCUUCUACUUCCGUAAUGACCCGAAAGCGGAUCGGCGGCGCUCUCGUUACUUGAUUUUGAGGCCCUUGCCAGGCGUCAUCCGGGGCCGGUUGGAACAAGAACCAAAACAACAAGUGGAAUUUCAAGGCUGACGAAAGCGGGAACCCGAGAAGAGCGGGAAAGUGCUGAGUCACCGGGAUGAAGUUCUGAGAAGGGAUAUGAAAAUGAGCCGCCUCGGAAUGGGAAGUUGCCGCCGGAAGGCUUUUCGCUAACCUCGAUUUUCAGUUUUCCUUUCAAUCCGCACUUCCAUGCAGGGCAACCGUCCAGAUGAUUUGGAGUUUGUUUAUUUUCGUAUUGCUUUGUUCCCCCGAGAAAAUUCCAAAAGUGUCUCUUUGUCCGGGCGAGUUCCAAACUCACAACGCUCAGGUUAGUUUGUCACCUUUCAACCGGGAAAUAUUACGACCCCUUUUGAGCGGACCUCGAGGUCAAGUCGGCGGUUAUUGUUCGCGACACUUUGUGCCGAGAGCGCCGCUGGUUUGGCCUUUUGAAGUCGACGUCGAAUCCUGACAAGCUGGCAAAAUAUUCAGAUCAUCUUCAAACUAUCAGCGAUUACUUUUGCUUCAUUGUUUACUGUUGUCACGCGUGGCCCCCGACUAAAUGUGUCAAUUUUGAAACAAAUCUGGUCCGUCGCUGCGAAAGUAUCAAGGGCGCGAAUCCCGUACGGGGCGGGAGGAGAUCCUUCGCUGGUACGGAUGCGGCUGCCGAGCGAACACGCUCCACGCUUGCGUUGUGAUUGGAAUGACAAAUUUCAGUGGAAUAUGAAGAUUUUUUUGCAUCCGUUCAACGGACCGCGCUGCUCCAUCUGGUGUGUGCGUCUUGGCCACUCGGCGGCAGUGUAGUAGAGACGCAGAAAGACACAAAGACUGAAUCUGUAGGCCAACGAGGACAAAGACGCGCCCUGAUCCCGACUGAUGUUUGAACACAACCGGUGCAACAACACAUGCAGACAGACACAAGUCACAACUCGCACAGAGCCGAUUAUUUUUGCUCUCUGAAGAAUGACUGUUUCAGCACUGCGACACUGUGGGUUAGGGCGUCUGCCUCACGGUUCUGAGGACACGGGUGGGAAUCCCGGUCCCGCCUGUGUGACUUUUGCCUGGUGGCUUUCCUCCCACAUGCUAAAAAUGUGAUUGUGACUUACUCGUCUGUCUCGAUGUGCCCCGCGAUUGACUGGGGACCGGUUCAGGGCGUACCGGCCCCCUGCCCGGAGAUAGCCGGGAUGGGCUCGGGCAGUCCCGCGACCCUCGUGAGGAUAAGCGGCUCACAUAACGGAGCGAUGGAUUAUCCAGUGAGCUCAAUGAAAGUCAAAUAGAUGUGCCCACAGUAGCUGUGAUGAACUUUGACGUUUAGCCCGUGAAAGGUCAGAAGGAUUCAAAUGAAAUGUCAAUCAGAAUCAGUCAGUGGGGGCCCGCCCGGUACCUUCUUUGGACCGCUAAGUCCCUCCUCUUGAAAAGAGAGAGAGAGAGAGAGAGAGAAAGCAAGUGAAGGGGGCCGAAUAAGACUCUCAUCUUUGUCACCCCCACCACACACGAAACGAGGCCGACAGAGGCAGACGCCUGUUUGUCUCUUUUUCGUUUUGUUUUUCUUUCCACCCACCGCGGAAGACUUCCCGCAUUUGUCGCCCGCCGGCGCGAGCGCGUCAUGGCCGCCGUUUUGCUCCUGCUGCUGCUGUCGGGAAGUUCCGUGGACGGCCUGCAGGAGGCGAGCAGGGGCUGCAGGAGGUGGGUCGUCGCGACCACGCCAGGGCGGCUCGGGGACGUGUGCUGCGUGGAAUGUCACCCGGGCAACCGGCUGGUCUCUGACUGUGGCCCGGACCCACGAGAUCUUUGCACUCCUUGUGAGGGCAAAACGUUCACGCAGAACCCCAAUGACUACAAGUGUUCCAGGUGCACCCAGUGCGAAGGCGCGCAGGUUCUGCUGAGGCGAUGCACAGCCACGACGGACACGCGGUGCGGCUGCAAAGACGGACUCGCGUGCGGCGACGAGCGCUGCACGUUCUGCCGUGAGAAAUGCGGACCGGGCGAGGAGCCUUCUGACAAUCGUUCCUGCAGACCGUGUGCGAACGGAACCUUCAACGAUCAAAUCCACCAAAAGUGUAAACCCCGGCGAAGCAAGUGUCCCGGUCCAGAUCAAAUGAUUGUGGCCAGCGGCGACGCCUUCGCCGACAAUAAGUGCGUCAACGUUUCACGCAGCAUUCUGAAAAAGCCCGCUCUCUGCCGUAUGAAGAGAAAAAAGAAGAAGAAAGAGAAAAUCAUCAAACCGCCAAUAAUCAGGACCGCUACAGAUGAUCCGAGGACGUUGAUCGCCAUUGAAUGCAGUUUCGACGAAGCCCAGGAAGAGCAGGGGGGCGGCGGCGGCGGCGGCGGCAGCUCGGAUUCUUUAACCUCCAAAGAGUCGUCGCGGGAUCAACUUGUGGCCUGAAAGCAAAAAAAAAAAAAACAAAGACCAGGAUCUUUUUUUGUGGGCGGCGGCCUUCGCACAAAAGGUGCGCCGAUGUCCUCCGGCGUCCGGAGUCCUGUGACGCGGACCGGAUUCCGGUCCGGUCCCUGACGCGGCUCCGUCAUUGCAGUGGCACCAGCUCAACGGCGUCACUCUUUGCGUUUCCGCCGUGAACUUUAACCGCAAUUGUUUUGCUUUAUCUUGGCUGCUUCUUUUUUGUUUCUUUUGAAAUGUUCAUGCUUGAUUCGGGAAGGUUGCGCUUGUGGCGGGGACACGACGGGCGUAACGAUCCGCGCGCAAGCCGGGACUCGCUCGCACCAG